CGAUGCUAGCAGCGCUCGGGCACAAGCUGUCGCUGGUUGCAGGGUAGCGGAAGGCAAAGUAACGGUAUUCAGCGAGGGCCGAGACGGCUAAACAAGUCGUGCAAGUCGUUGAUCAUACGGAUGCUAUCAUCGCCAGGACGGAAAUAAACAAUCCCGGGUCAACUGUGCUCAAUCAGAAGGAUGUGGGCGAACGUGCGCAAUGGAUUGAAAUUUGGCUACCUCUUAAGUACGCUGGUGCAUGAAACAUCGCCGCGACAUGCAUGUAAUGCACACAUGGGCCAGCACAGGGCCGUGCUGGUUCAACUCUUGGAGCGAGUUCGAUUUUCGGGGACCGCGCCUUUCAGUACAUCGGGGCUUAAAGACCCUAGCCAAGCCCCGAUCCCCUAUUCUGAUCUUAUCCUUGGUGUUCCUCGCGAGGCCGCUCCCGGUGAGCGGCGUGUAGCGCUGAGUCCAUCCGCUGUGGCAAACCUCAUAAAGCAGGGAUUCAAGAGCGUGCUCAUCGAAAGGGGUGCUGGCGAGCAGGCGCAUUUCACGGAUGUUGAGUACGAGGCUGUAGGUGCAAAAAUUGUGGAUGGCAAGGAAGCGCUUGCUGCCGACGUCGUAUUGCGCGUACGGCCGCCCUCACUGACGGAAGUGAACAAGAUGAAAGAGGGUGCCAUCCUGCUCAGCUACCUGUACCCCGCCCGCAACAAGGAACUCGUGGAGGCGCUUGCCAAGCGCAAGACCACCGCCAUCGGCAUGGACUGCAUUCCCAGAACGAUUAGCCGAGCGCAGAUGUUCGAUUCCCUCAGCUCCAUGGCCAACAUCGCGGGAUACAGGGCGGUGACCGAGGCGACUCAGUACUUCGAGCGCUUCCUCAACGGCCAGAUUACCGCCGCAGGGCGCAUUCCUCCGGCCAAGGUGCUGGUGAUCGGCGGCGGCGUGGCGGGCCUGGCGGCUGUGGGCGCUGCCAAGAGCCUGGGCGCCAUCGUGCGCGUGUUCGAUACCCGCGGCGCCGUCCGCGAGCAGGCCAAGUCCAUGGGUGCGGAGUUCCUGACGGUGGACGUGCACGAGGAGGGCGAGAGCGGCACCGGCUAUUCCAAGGAGAUGAGCGCUGCGUUCAUCGAGGCCGAGAUGAAGCUGUUCGCGGCACAGUGCAAGGAGGUGGACAUCGUCAUUACCACGGCGCUCAUACCCGGCAAGGGCGCGCCGCUGCUCAUCACCAAGGACAUGGUGGACUCCAUGAAGCCAGGCUCUGUAAUUGUGGAUCUGUCCGCGGAGGCUGGUGGCAACUGCGCCUACACCAAGCCUGGUGAGGUGGUCCGCACCCCCAACCGCGUGACGGUUGUGGGCUACACCGACAUGCCCUCCCGCAUGGCCGGCCAGUCGUCCAGUCUGUACGCCAACAACAUCUCCAAGCUGCUGCUGUCGGCCGGGCCCUUCACGGGCGGACCCAAGGGUCACCUGAAGAUCGACCACGCGGACCCUGUCAUACGUGGUUCGCUUGUGCUGGAGAACGGCGAGCUGCGCUGGCCGCCGCCACCCGGCGUUAUCCCCGUCGCUAACACCAAGAUCAACACCGAGAAGGAGACCAAGAAGGAGACGGGUCCGAUAGAUCUGUACGAGCCGACCAGGAAGAACGCUAUGGCCACUUCAGCGGCUAUUGCGGGCACGUUGCUUGUGGGCGCUGCUUCCCCGAACGCCGCCUUCUCCUCAAUGCUGACCAAAUUUGGCCUGGCUUCCAUCUGCGGCUACCAGACGGUGUGGGGUGUGGUGCCCGCGCUGCACUCGCCGCUUAUGUCUGUCACGAAUGCCGUGUCGGGCCUUACGGCCGUGGGCGGUAUGGUGCUGGCAGGCGGCGGCCUAUUGCCUAGCACGACCGGCCAGGCCCUGGCGGCGACGGCUGUGGCUGCUUCGGCAGUCAACAUCGGCGGCGGCUUCACCAUCACGCAGCGCAUGCUGGACAUGUUCAAGCGCCCCACAGACCCCAUCGAGCACACGCGCCUCUACGCAGCCCCAGCUGCCACGCUGGUUGGCGGCUACGUGCUGGGCUCGCUGCUGGCCGGCGGGGACGCCCCGGGCAUCACCUCUGCCGCCUACCUCGCCUCCUCGUCGCUGUGCAUUGCCGCCAUUGCCUGCCUGGCCAACCAGGCCUCCGCGCGGACAGGUAACGCGCUGGGCAUGGCAGGUGUGGGGGCCGGCAUCGCCACCACGCUGGGCGUCAUGCACGCACCGCUAGCCGUGUAUGCGCAGGUACUGGCCAUGCUUGGGGCGGGUGCGACCGCCGGUCACUACAUUGGCAAGAAGAUGAAGAUCACGGAGCUGCCUCAAAUGGUGGCGGCCUUUCAUUCGCUGGUGGGGCUGGCGGCGGCGGCGACCUCCAUCGCCAACGUCAUGGCGGGUGACCCCACGCAUCUGGACCUCAUGCACAAGGUGACCGCCUACCUGGGUGACUUCAUCGGCGCCAUCACCAUGACCGGCUCCGCCAUCGCCUUCGCCAAGCUGCACGGCCUUAUGAAGUCCGAGCCGCUUAACUUGCCUAACAAAAACGAGAUUAAUAUGGGGCUCCUAGCAGCUAACCUGCUCGCGGGUGCGGUGUUCCUGGCAUCUGACGGCUCGUCGACUGUGGGUGUGUCUGCGUUGGUGGCUGCGGCCAUCCUGGCGGGUGUCAAGGGCGCACACAUGACCGCUUCCAUCGGCGGUGCGGACAUGCCGGUGGUUAUUACGUUGCUCAACUCCUACUCGGGCUAUGCGCUGUGCGCCGAGGGCUUCAUGCUCAACAACGACCUGUUGACGGUGGUGGGAGCGCUCAUCGGCUCGUCGGGCGCCAUCCUCUCCUACAUUAUGUGCGCGGCCAUGAACCGCUCUCUUCCCAACGUCAUCUUGGGCGGCUACGAGACCGCGGGCAAGACUGUCGAGAAGAAAGUGGAGGUCGGCACGCAUCAAGAGGUCGACGUCAACGGUGUCGCAGAGGCCCUGACCUCCGCCGCUAAAGUUGUUAUCGUACCUGGGUACGGCAUGGCGGUGGCCAAUGCUCAAUACCCGGUGGCUGAGCUGGCCAAAAGUCUCGCAGAGAAGGGCGUGCAGGUAAAGUUCGGUAUCCACCCCGUGGCGGGUCGCAUGCCCGGUCAGCUCAACGUGCUGCUGGCGGAGGCGGGAGUGCCGUACGACGUUGUGUUCGAGAUGGACGAAAUCAACGAGGAGCUUGACGACGCGGACGUGUGCCUGGUUAUUGGCGCCAACGAUACUGUCAACAGCGCCGCAGUCGAGGACCCUAACUCCGUCAUUGCGGGCAUGCCUGUGAUCGAGGUGUGGCGCGCUAAGCAGGUCUUCUUCAUGAAGCGCACCAUGGGCGCCGGAUACGCAGGCGCUGACAACCCCGUCUUUUACAAGCCCAACACCUGGAUGUUCCUGGGUGAUGCAAAGAAGAUGACGGACACGCUGCUCACUCGCGUACAUGAGGCCCUGGGCGUGAAGAAGUAAACCGGACAAGGGCAUGAAAUCCGCUUAGCUUGCGGGGGUUUAGGCCGAACUCCAUUGGAGCUGGCGACGAGGGAGCCAUGGUGGGUGGCAUCCCAGGCUUAUGAUGUUAUCCUUGGCUUAUGAUUGUUGAAUUCAGUGCUUUCUAUUCUCGUUGCGUCGUGUCUCCCUGUUCUUUGGUUUUAUAUGAGUUGUGGUAGUUGUUACGUGGUAGUCGUGAAUCGGGGCCUUAAGCCUAUACGUGGCGGGCAACUGGAGCGGUCCCAUAGCUUCCAACUUGUUCGCGCGACUGCCGCAGCUGGCAGGUCAAGUGUCUCCACGUGUAAGCAAUAACGCGCAUGUCCGCGUGCUUAUGUCAUUUGGCAUCUGAAGAGUCUGCCGCGCCCAAGAACGCAAGAAUGACAAUAGUAUGGCUUGCUAGCAGCCAUGGUGGUGCAUGGCAAAAUUUAGCGCACGGCAUUGUGCUCUGGCGGACCGACGGCUCUCUUUGAUAUACAGCUGUCGUGUUGUUGUUCUCAUUCUUUGCUUGUAGCGUUAAGAUGCAUGUAUGAAAACUGACGGAUUAUGCCUGUUGCAUGUCAUUGUAUGUGGGUGCCUGGAAGUAGUUGGGAUGUCACUGACGCAGCUGUUAGCUGCUUGGUGUAGAUGUUGUUGGUGAUUAACAUGGCUUUAGACUUCAGCCUUGUGCGUGACGGCUAUUACAAAUGCCUCACUGUUACCAUACGGGUACAUCCGGUAGAAUGGGACAACAAGUAUCUGAUGUGGGUAGGCUGGCAGGGUGGACAUAAAUGUCUAUUGGUCUUGGUAUGGUGCGGUGCAGUGCAGUAAAGAGGCAGGUACCAAGUUAAGUUCACUCGGAAAAAAUACACAUCAGUAAGUAGAUGUAUCUCUGCCGUGUACACGGGCAGGCGUGGCGUACAGUGUAAUUUACAUGCGUGCAACUAUGUAACGCUGUUGCCAUGCA